AUGCCAGCCGCAGUGCAAGCCAGAAGAGACUCAGCAGAGUCAAUCAACACCGACAUCAUCACACUGUCGAGAUUCAUCCUGGAAAGCCAACGGUACGAUGCCAAAAACGCCACGGGCGAGUUUUCACUGCUGCUGAACUCGCUGCAGUUUGCGUUCAAGUUCAUUUCGCAGACGAUUCGGCGUGCAGAGCUGGUCAAUUUGAUGGGCCUGGCAGGCGCAUCGGUCAAUUCCACGGGCGACCAGCAGAAGAAAUUGGACGUUUUGGGCGACGAGAUAUUCAUCAACGCGAUGCGCGCUAGUGGCAACGUCAAAGUGCUCGUGUCUGAGGAACAGGAACAACUCAUGGUGUUCCACGACAACCCAGCCACGUAUGCAGUGUGCUGCGACCCGAUCGAUGGGUCUUCCAACCUGGACGCAGGUGUUUCCGUCGGAACCAUCGUCUCGCUGUUCAAGCUCACACCGGGGUCGCAGGGCAGCACCAAAGACGUCCUGCGUCGCGGCGACGACAUGGUCGCAGCCUGCUACGCCAUGUACGGGGCUUCUACGCAUCUCAUGCUGACCACAGGAAAGGGUGUCAACGGGUUCACCCUCGACACGAACCUGGGCGAGUUCAUUCUCACAUACCCGGACCUCAAGCUGCCCCUGCAACACCCCAUCUACUCGGUCAACGAGGGGAACUCGGUGUACUGGAAUGAGUGCAUCCAGCAGUUUUUCCACGACCUGAAGAUCCCGCAAGAAGACCUCAAGGGCAAACCAUACUCGUCCCGGUACAUCGGCUCCAUGGUAGCCGACGUUCACCGCACCCUACUCUACGGUGGGCUGUUUGCAUACCCUUGUGACAAGAAGAAUCCCAAGGGAAAGCUAAGGCUCUUGUACGAGGCCUUCCCCAUGGCUUUCAUUGUCGAGCAGGCCGGCGGGAAAGCCGUGAACGACCGGGGCGAGAGGAUACUGGACUUGACGCCAGAACACAUCCACGACAAGAGCAGUAUCUGGCUGGGAAGCAGCCAAGAUGUCGACAGGUUUUUGAAGCAUAUUCAGAAAUAA